GGUUUUUGGGCUCUGAAAGCUGACUGUGCUCUGACUGAGACACAGGGAGGAGGAGGGACAGAAAGAGCCAAAGGCAGCAAAGGGACAGCGUCCUGGGACUUACCGUAAAGAAAUGAAACAGGUUUUCUUUGUGGCUGACAAAUGAGUUCUAAAGAUGACUUUUGAAGGAUAACAUUCAUUUUAAUUUGAAAAAAUAUAACUGUGUGUGGAAAAAUCAGUUUUGUAACUUAAAUUUCAUCCUACAUUCUGUCUGUAGCUGAUAAGGGGAAAGUCCAGUGUGUGAACUCCUGCUGUAUUCUCUUAUUAUGUAAUAUUAGUACUUGUGAUUGAAUUGAGAGGACUUGCUUUAGGAAUCUAGUAAUAUAGUCAGCACUGUAUGUGUUUGAGUUUGCCUCUCAUAUGUUCCGGAAUUCUGGGAUUUUGACAUUGUGAAGCAAUGAUUAAAUUUUACACUGUGCCAGGCAUUGUGGCAUUCCACACAAAUGGUGAGGACCUAAGAGUGGGAAAUUUGGCACAGAUGAAGAAGGUUGGUUAAUACGUUUGAAAGACUGCUCAACAUGUCUUGCAUAACUGACCUAAGUGCAAAGUGAAGCAGCCCAUCAUGCCCCAGCUCUCCAAAUCUGAGCCAGCGUUUCACCCGUGUGAUGCAGGAGCAGUGAGCAGAAUGAAUACCUUCCAAGACCAGAGUGGCAGCUCCAGUAAUAGAGAACCCCUUUUGAGAUGUAGUGAUGCACGGAGGGACUUGGAACUUGCUAUUGGUGGAGUUCUCCGGGCUGAGCAGCAAAUUAAAGAUAACUUGCGAGAGGUCAAAGCUCAGAUUCACAGUUGCAUAAGCCGUCACCUGGAAUGCCUUAGAAGCCGUGAGGUGUGGCUAUACGAACAGGUGGACCUCAUCUAUCAGCUUAAAGAGGAGACACUUCAGCAGCAAGCUCAGCAGCUGUACUGGUUAUUGGGCCAGUUCAAUUGUCUUACUCAUCAACUGGAGUGUACCCAAAACAAAGAUCUAGCCAAUCAAGUCUCUGUGUGCCUAGAGAGACUGGGCAGUUUGACCCUUAAACCUGAAGAUUCAACUGUCCUGCUCUUUGAAGCCGACACAACUGCUCUGCGCCAGACCAUCACCACCUUUGGGUCUCUCAAAACCAUUCAAAUUCCUGAGCACUUGAUGGCUCAUGCUAGUUCAUCAAAUAUUGGGCCCUUCCUGGAGAAGAGAGGCUAUAUCCCAAUGCCAGAGCAGAAGUCAGCAUCCAGUAUUGCAGCUGUCCCUCUCAGCGAAUGGCUCCUUGGAAGCAAACCUGCCAGUGGCUCUCAGGCUCCUUACAUAUCCAGCACCAACCCCCAGGACUGGCUCACCCAAAAGCAGACCUUGGAGAAUAGUCAGACUUCUUCCAGAGCCUGCAAUUUCUUCAGUAAUGUCUGGGGAAACCUAAAGGACUUAGAAAACUGGCUCCUCAAGAGUCAGCAACAGGAAGUUCCUGAAAAACCAAGUUACCAAAAGUGUAACAGCCAUUCUACUGCUGGUUCUUUCUCCACUGAAAUGGAAAAGGUUGAAGAUCUAGAGCUUCCCGAUCAAGAUAAGAUGGACUUAUCAGAUUGGCUGGUGACUCCCCAGGAAUCCCAUAAGCUGGGGAAGCCUGAGAAUGGCAGUCAUGAAAUCAGUGAGAAGUUUAAGCUCUUGUUCCAGUCCUAUAAUGUGAAUGAUUGGCUUGUCAAGACUGACUCCUGUACCAACUGUCAGGGAAACCAGCCCAAAGGUGUAGAGAUUGAAAACCUGGGCAAUCUGAAGUGCCUGAAUGACCACUUGGAGGCCAAGAAACCAUUGUCCACCACCAGUGUGGUUACAGAGGAUUGGCUUGUCCAGAACCGUCAGGACCCAUGUAAGGUAGAGGAGGUGUGCAGAGCCAAUGAGCCCUGCACAAGCUUUGCAGAGUGUGUGUGUGAUGAGAAUUGUGAGAAGGAGGCUCUGUAUAAAUGGCUUCUGAAGAAAGAAGGAAAGGAUAAAAAUGGGAUGCCCAUGGAACCCAAACCUGAGCCUGAGAAGCAUAAAGAUUCCCUGAAUAUGUGGCUCUGUCCUUCUAGAAAAGAAGUAAUAGAACAACCUAAAGCACCAAAGGCAAUGGUUCCUUCUAGAAUUGCUGAUUCCUUCCAAGUCAUAAAGAACAGCCCCUUGUCGGAGUGGCUUAUCAGGCCUCUAAACAAAGAAGGAAGUCCCAAGGAAGUGCCUAGUACUGAAGACAGAGCUGGUAAACAAAAGCUUAAAAGCCCCAUGAGCACUUUCUGGUGUCCCUUUAAUACAGCAGACUGGGUCCUGCCAGGAAAAAAGAUGGGCAACGUCAGCCAGUUAUCCUCUGGAGAAGACAAGUGGCUGCUUCGAAAGAAGGCCCAGGAAGUAUUACUUAAUUCACCUCUACAGGAGGAACGUAAGUUCCCCCCAGACCAUUACGGCCUCCCUGCAGUUUGCGAUCUCUUUGCCUGUAUGCAGCUUAAAGUUGAUAAAGAGAAGUGGUUAUAUCGAACUCCUCUACAGAUGUGAAGACAAGAGUUGAACCGCCUUUCUGCCAGUUAUCACACAUCAUGAGCUGGGUGACUGCGGCUUGCCAAAUCAUUGUGUUUCUGGGUCUGACCAAUUAGCUUGGUUCUUUCUUCUCUCACCUAAUUUUGAACUAGUAAAACAAAGUAACUCAUCAGAUUUAUGAGUUACUGUUUAAAAGAAAAUGACGUUUAUUGAUGCUGAGGUGAUUCAGUUCCUUCCUUCUUACAGAAGUGUUAAUUUACUCCCACACUAGAAAUGCAGCAUCUUUGUGGAUACAUCUUUUUCACAAGCCUCCAAGGCUCCUUAGAUUGGAUCGUUACCAAAAGUACAUGAAAACACUCACUCUGGUUUUAAAAAUGAAGUAUUUCUGUAAUCGAGGUAUAUUGAUAUAUUCUAAAGCUAGCAAAUUUCCCUAACAUCUAAUUGCCCUAUAGAUGCUUCUCUUGCUGUGGGUUUUCUUGUUAGUGGUAUGAAAUAAUGAUUUUCCUGCUCUAUCAAUAUAUAGUGUAUUUUGCACAAAAAAUUAACCUGGCUAAUAGUGAUUAUCAAAAUACGUAUUAAUAAUCUUGGCAAUUUUUGACAUUACCCAACAUUUUAGCCUAAAUGUUCUACAUUACUAUUCACUUGAAACUCAGCUACUGCAAAUGUUCUUUCUGUAAAUGUUACUAAAAUAUCCUGUGAGCUCUUUUAGAAGGGUUCAGUAUUAUUUCAAGACUAUUUUGAGGUCGUUCUAGCCUUUUAAAAUAUUCUAUAGACCUACGGGGUUUAAAAGAACCCCAGUGCCAACUAGGCAAAUAGGCAAAGACAUGUUGGAAAUGUAGUAUAGUACUUGAACUAUUCACUAUAUUGGUGCAUCCUGUGUAAAUGGAAGCUGAGCUUGACACCUGGUGCUUUUAACUAGGGAUACAGUCGUCCUUCUCCUGCAAGCACAGCACACCUGUACCUCCAAAGGUGAUGUUUUAGUGACUAGGCUGUUUUCAACACUUGUGCCUUGGGGUGUUCAUUGAAGCUUUAUGAAAAGUACUGUUUUCUCAGUCUCCUUAAAGUUAUGCCCAUGCUUUAAAAUGUCUCUGUAGGAGAGAAGUGGGGUUUAUAAUGUUUUUAAAUUCUCUAGAUAUCUUUGCUGCUUUCCAGACUUUGAAACUAUUAAGCUUCUUAACUGCCUGUUAUUGGAAAUACUUCUGGGGAAACUUCAUGGUCCCACAAUAUCAUUGCCAUACAGCUUCACUAGAGUUCUUUGAACCACAGCUGGAAAGAGCUUUGUAUUAUUUCUUAAUUCCCUCCCCAGAUAUCACUUCGAACUAUUACAAUAAAGGUGGUGGGCAAAAACAACAUAAGGAGCCUUUCAGUUUUCUUAAGUUGCAGCUAAUUCUGUAGUUUCUUUUUUGAGGCCAAAUACACUGUAUUUUACAUUGUCAAAAUAUAAUUUACAUUAAUCACUAUGUUAAUGAGUAUGUAAAACAUUCUUUUGCAUUGAUGAAUUUUGUAUCUGCCUCCAUUAAAAGCAUAACAGCCAUA